AAUUUUGUAUCCCUAAGCUACGCCCUUUACCUAUGCUAGCUACACUACACUACACUUUGGUAAGUAGUGCGUUUCAUUUGUUGGCAAGCAAGCUCACACUAGAAGUGCCAGCUGGCACGCCAUUAAAAAACUCCUUCUGGAAGGGUCAACCUCUCCGUGUCACGCCGUUACAGUGUGACAGUCCGUGAAACGGAGUGGCAUUGCCGUAAUAACACUCAAAACGGAGGGUUUUUGCGUAGUGGGAGGUGCACAUCACAUGCGGCCAAGCUCCACUCUGCACAGAACACCACCGAACCGAAAACUGUGAGCGAUAAGAGCAAGAGAGAGAGAGAGAGAGACAAAGAGUGAUAUACAAGGACUAGAGCUCCUUCGCGCAAAGCAAUGCCUGCAAUCACCUGAAUUCUAUGCUCCUUUUCCCUUUCUCCGCAUGUCUCUUUUACUGUCUUUGUCCCUGAAUAUCCAAGAUCUUCAACGGCAAUGCUAUCUCUGAGAGACAUUUUUCUGAGGAAUGCUUGAUCCGGCCUGAAAUAUUAUUCUACUGUUGAGAUUUCUCUGCUUCACUUUGUCUUGUGUCGUGCGAGUGGAGCAGCCUCUAUUUUCUUACAAGGUUGAUUUGUUGAGAGCAUGGCUUCAUGGGAUCAAAUGGGGGAGCUUGCAAAUGUGGCGCAGUUGACUGGCGUGGAUGCUGUGCGGCUGAUUGGGAUGAUUGUGAGAGCUGCCAGCACUGCGCGGAUGCAUAAGAAAAACUGCCGGCAGUUUGCUCAGCAUCUGAAGUUGAUUGGGAACUUGCUGGAGCAGCUCAAGAUCUCGGAGCUGAAGAAGUACCCAGAAACUAGGGAGCCUCUAGAGCAGCUGGAAGAUGCGCUCAGAAGGUCUUACAUAUUGGUCAAUAGUUGUCAGGACCGGAGUUACCUUUAUUUGCUGGCUAUGGGAUGGAACAUUGUUUACCAGUUCAGGAAGGCUCAGAAUGAGAUUGACAGAUACCUGCGUCUUGUUCCUCUCAUUACUCUUGUGGACAAUGCUCGAGUCAGGGAGAGACUUGAAGUUAUUGAAAUGGAUCAACGUGAAUACACAUUGGAUGAUGAGGACCAAAAGGCACAGACAGUUAUUUUUAAACCUGAGCCUGACAAAGAUGACACUGCUGUGUUGAAGAAAACACUAUCUUGUUCAUACCCUAACUGUUCUUUCACUGAAGCACUUAAAAAAGAAAAUGAAAAGCUUAAACUAGAGCUACAGCGGUCACAAGCAAAUUUGGAUAUGAAUCAGUGUGAAGUCAUUCAACGUUUAUUAGAUGUCACAGAAGUUGCAGCUUAUUCUGUUCCAGAGAAGUGUUUGGCGGAGAAAAAUCACAAGAAAGAGGAAUACAGUUACUCUGAUGCCAACGGUGACAAGGACCAUUCAUCUGAUGAAAAAUACAAUGCAAAAGUUGACAAGCAUUCACCGGCAAGAUAUUCAGUCGCACAAAAGGAUCUGGUAUCAACUGGAGGUUCAUAUCAGCAGGAGGAUUGGCACACUGAUUUACUUGCUUGUUGUUCUGAACCUUCUCUUUGUAUGUUCUCCCUUGCUUGAUUUUCUUUAGGUUUU